CAAAAGCCACCAUACCAUGCCUUCUGGUUCUUGACUCCCCAAACUCAAACAUCAAAUCCGAACUCUCUCUCUCACUUAUAUUCGCCAGAGAGACGUCAAACUCGAACACAAAAAUUCAGUCGUCUCUCUUCUACAUUUAUAAACUGAUAUGGCUCUUGCCGACAGACUCCAAUUUCUUUCUCCAUCUUUAUCUUCGAUUCAUUUCAGAAAACCCAACUCCAUAAACAUUCACCCCCUUUGCUCUUUACAUUAUGAUUCUUUUUUUACUUCUUAUUCCUCCCCGUUCACUGAGAAACACUCUAUUCAGAGGUACCAAAGGGACCAGUGGCUGUACAAGAACCAACUGGAGCAAAUUACAUCAUGCUCCUUCCCACCUGAUUCCCACUUAAAUAGGGAAAACAACAUAGCACUGCAAUUACCCGAGCUGAAGAAGCUGCUUCAGGUGCUGAGAGAGAAGAGAGAAAGUGAAGGAUGUAGUAAGGGGAAGUAUGGGCCAGGGAAUGUCUUUUUGGUGGGAACGGGGCCUGGGGACCCUGAGCUGUUGACACUUAAGGCUGUGAGAGUGAUUCAGAGUGCUGAUUUGCUCUUGUAUGAUCGGUUGGUGUCCAAUGACGUGUUGGAUUUGAUUGGCCCCGAUGCUAGGCUCCUCUAUGUCGGCAAGACUGCUGGUUACCAUAGUAGAACCCAGGAGGAAAUACACGAAUUGCUUCUGAGUUUUGCCGAAGCCGGAGCUACUGUUGUGAGACUUAAGGGAGGAGAUCCACUGGUGUUUGGGAGAGGUGGUGAGGAGAUGGAGUUUCUGCAACAGCAAGGGAUUCAAGUGAAAGUAAUACCAGGUAUCACUGCUGCUUCAGGAAUAGCAGCAGAGCUUGGAAUUCCAUUAACUCAACGAGGUGUUGCAAACAGUGUAAAAUUUCUCACUGGGCACGCAAGGAAAGGAGGAACAGAUCCUUUGUUUGUGGCAGAAAAUGCAGCUGACCCUGAUUCAACCUUGGUGGUUUAUAUGGGCUUAUCAACUUUCCCUUCUCUUUCCCUAAAGUUACUCCAUCAUGGUCUCCCCCCUUAUACACCCGCUGUUGCAGUUGAGCGAGGGACCACACCUCAACAACGCAUGGUAUCAUUUGGCCACGACGCAUUCAUUGGAUUGGCUAGCUUCAUUCCUCAAUCAUUAAACUGUGAAACCUCAAAGUAGACAUAUCUAAUAAAUACUGUAAUAGUGUAAUGCUGGUAGCACUCUACUUCUUGCACCCCGUUUCUAUUUUUUGUAUUCAAAUUUGUCAUCCAUGUUAGGGUGUAAGAAGCUCCCUGUGUACUUGGGCUUUACCUACUUCUAUGAAUAAAACUUCUUGAUUACCUAUCAAAAACAAAAAAAGUUAGGGUGUAAGAAGCUAAGGUGAAUAUUGUUCCAACAGCUAUAUGUUAUAGAUAAGGUGAUUUAAUGACUUCAAAGCCAUAGAUUUAUUGAUGAGGUUUCAGUUUCAGAAAUGGGAUCGCUAAACAUAAAAAUAAAUAACUGACCUCGGCUCUUAGUUGAACAAAAUUUUAUUAUUACUCUUUUUAACUUGUGUGUAUGAGUUUUAUAGUGUUUUUGCCCAGAAAUUGAUCUCGUAGAAGGAAAUAGUUGCUUAAGUUGCUAAGAAAAUUAUAAUAGAGUACACAAGAUAUUUAGUGUAUAAAACAACACUAGUUAACAUAUGUAGAGACCUUUUUUAUGCUUUCAGAAUCUGUUGCCCCCCUUCCUCGUGAUUUAUGAUACAUCGCUUGCUAGGUUCGUGAUGUUACAGUAUUGAUUUUCUACAUGUGUAAUAUACAUCAAUUUAAAUGAAAAUUACACUUUACACCAUUAAACUAUUACUUUUGCAAUUUGAUUGCCAAGCUAUCAAAGUUGUCAUUUUUUUCUCUAGCCACAGCUCCCCCUUGCAAUUUUCCUUCUCUUUUAAGAUCUAAUCAUUAAGACCAUAUCACUUCGC